CCCCCCAACUCCCCACGUCGCGUCACUUCCUCGGCAACGGCCCAUCCCUUUUGGAAGGAGAGGGAAAAAAACGACGGCGAGGGAAAAGAAGAACGAGGGGAAAAGGGACUCAAAAGUCGAGGAGGGAAACCAAUAUCCAGAUGUAAAAGAAAGUCGGAUAAACAGACGACAGAGGGUGAAGCAAACAUCACUUAUCCCUGUAUAACAGUCAUGCCGCUCCACAAAUCAACCCGAGCGUCUCGCUUGGACCCUACCAUGAUCUCAGCCCCUUUGGGUGACUUCCGCCACACCAUGCACAUUGGCAGAGGAGGUGACGCCUUCGGGGACACCUCCUUCCUGUCUACGCUGGGUCCAAGCCCACCCAUCUCCGACCCGGGGAGCCCGGGGUCUUCAUCUGUGGACUACCCGGCACCUGCAAACCAUAGUGAUCUAUAUCAAGAGCCUACGGGGAGCCUUAAAAACGAUGAACUAGAGUACUCCGAGGGGAUGCCGUCGUUCACCCUGGAUUUGGAUUUAGAUCUGGGUCCUUCCAUGCUGGGGGACGUGUUGGGUGUGAUGGAUGGAUUGGGACUGGACUGCAACAAAGAGGAUGUGCUCAGUGCCAAAAGCAUUUCGUCUCCAGUGGAAACAAAGCCCGGCAAGGAGACGUCUGUUGUGAACAGGCACAACGAGCUGAACGGAAAGAACCUGAAUGAGAACCAGAUGGGCGACGGCAGAAUACCAGAUGGGAUCAAGCCGAAGGGGAUGCGACCCAAGGUGAGAUUCAGCGACAAGCGGGAGGAGAUCAUUCGCCAGGCCUCCGAGGAGGAAGAAGGUCAAGGGUUCGAGUUCCAGGACGACCUGACGGCGAGUCCGACGAGGGGUGAGACGGAGUUCGCCGCCAACAAAGAUCUGCCUCCCAGCCCCGCCUCGUCUCAUAGCUCCGACUACGAAGGAGUGAGCGCGCUGGACCGGAGGAGGGUCGGCAGCAGCCACUCAGAGACUGACUCGGAGGAAGAGGAAGUAGGGCGGGGCUAUACUUUUGAAGACGAGUUUGACGAUGAGAUUGGACUAUAGGACCAGUCGGGUGUUUGUCACAAAAAGUUGGGGAAAUUGGGCUUUCAGUUUGAAAUUUCGGAACAAACCUAAAAUUCGCACUGUAACCUUUGUCAAUGGAAUUUAAGAUCUAAAAUUUUGAAUCCAGAUGUUCAGUAUUUGAGUCGUCUUGUUACAACUUGUUCUCUAACAAGGAGCUGAAGGCAAAAUUCUCAACAGGUGAUUGAUCCAUGAAUGGUCCAAAACAUUUCCGAGGUUUACUUCCAUGGCUAUUUGUGACUCUUCCAAUCAAUUUUUUGCAACCUUUUGAUGACAUCAUAAGGUCAGUGCCCAUGAGAACAUCCUGUUACAAGUUCUGAGGAAAGAUGGAGAGAAAGAGUCUUAGAAUGGCAUAGAGAAGUGGACAUUCUUAGAAUCCUUAGUGGACUUAAAAAAAAAAGUAAUGCUACAUUGUGCAAUCAACAUCUACAGGUUUUCAAAUGAAGCGCAACUGCAAAAAGAUUAUGGUGCAUUUUAGCUUGACCCUGAAAUUUCACUCGGAUGACUAAUAAUCCUUUUUGUGAGUAGUGCAUAUCUUAAAUGACACUACAAGUGGUGAAUUUAAUGGAUGCAAACUUGAUUUUUGUUCUCUCCUGAAAGCUGUACAGUGUGAAGACGAUGUUGCUCAGCUGGAAAAUCUUAUCGAAGAGGGUAACAGAUAUGCCAAAGAGACAUUUUAUUACAAGCAACGUGUUUUUGUACUGUUCAAGAGUUGUAGCACUUCCCCCCAACCGGAGGCCUUUUGAAUCGCAACCAAUUUUUACCAAAUGUGCCAUUCAUGUUUUUUAAGUGCCUUAAACUGAGCAAGUAUUAUUGUAGUAUGUGCUGUCUACGUCUUAUUUUCUCUACCAAUUGCAUGUUUGCCUGCAUUUUGACCGUUGCCGUGGCAGAUUUUGUGAACAUGUAACAUUCCACGUCUUGACUGAGAUUUCUGGAUCAAAUCUUGUCAGAUCUAACUGCAGAGUGCAGUUUAAUUUUUUUUGUGUGUGCAUGUUUUCGUACUCUACCAAAGCUUUUUCCUUUAUGGGCUGCAGAGCUGGGAAAAAAAAAACAGGACAAGUGCUGAGACAAUCAUUUUUGUUAAUCUCUCCCUCAUCAUGCUGUUAAAUGGCGAGACCUAAGUGUUUAGCCAUUGAACUUGCUGGCAUUUAAUGUCCUGUGGUUUACAGUGAAAAAAAUAAAACAAAUAUUUGGGAUAUCAAA